AUGCUUGGCCGACUCGAUGACUGGCAUGUGGCAGAGGGUGGCAUUGACUCGCACAACCGGUCGACUGAUGCUGUCACGACUAGACCAGAUGGCCCCGCCCGCACGUCAGAUCAACGCCCAGUCCUGGUUUUCCAGGGGCUGUGGCCCGGUCAAAGUUCACUGGACAUGCGAAGCAGCAGUGACUGGCGGAGAGCAGGGGCUGUCUUUGUGCGGCACGCAACCAACGGCGACGGAAGUCUUUUAUUAUUAGUGGUAUUAACCGUCGCUCUCACUCACAUUGGCAUCACAGCACAUCACACCACACAGUACACACUCUCGCUCACGCUCACGCUCACGCACAAGACGUAA